AUGGAGGAGAAGGCUGUGAGGAAAAGGAAGAUGCCGCGGGCCCCCCAGGCAGUCCCCGAGCGGAGGAUGGAGAGCCCAGAAGACAAAUCCCCCCAGCAGACCCUGGUGGGAGAGGCUGUUUUGAAGGGCUCCACGGCGCAGGAAGGCAGCGGGGAGGAAAAGGCCCGGAGAUCCCCCUGCAGGAGGGGCUCCAAAGCCAGCCCAGGGUGCUCUGAGGAGGAAAGACCUAGCUUGUGCCAGGAAGGCGGCCUGAGCUUGAGGCAGAGCUGUGACCUGGUGGUCCCUGAGCAGCCUCCCAGCAAGGAGAAGCCCUUCGAGUGCUUGGAAUGCGGGAAGAGCUUCAGGAAGAGCUUCAACCUCCUCACCCACCAGCACAUCCACACUGGGGAAUGGCCCUACACGUGUGGGGAAUGUGGGAAGAGCUUCAGCCGGAGCUCCCACCUUAUCCGGCACCAGAUGAUCCACACUGGGGAACGGCGCUACACAUGUUGGGAAUGUGGGAAGAGCUUCAGGGAAAGCUCUGACCUCAUCCAACACCAGCACACCCACACUGGGGAACGGCCCUAUACAUGUGGGGAAUGUGGGAAGAGCUUCAGGCAGAGCUCCAACCUCCGCCUCCACCAGCGCAGCCACACUGGGGAACGGCCCUACAUGUGUAGGGAAUGUGGGAAGAGCUUCAGGAGCAGCUCCCACCUCCACAACCACCAGCGCAUCCACACCGGGGAACGGCCCUACAUGUGUGGGGAGUGUGGGAAGAGGUUUCAGACCAGCUCAGAUCUCCUCAGGCAUGAGCAGACACACACGGAUGAGAGGCCCUUCCGCUGCACCGACUGCGGGAAGGGCUUCAAGCAGAACUCCACCCUUGUCACCCACCGGAGCAUCCACACCGGGGAGAGGCCCUACAAGUGUGAGGAGUGUGGGAAGAGCUUCACCCAGAGCUCUACCUUGACCUCACACCAACGGACCCACCGGUAA